AUGAAACAAUUUCUCAAACAAAUCAUCUCGCCUUCCUCUCCCAUACGAGUUCAUCUCUCUGCACAGGUCGUCAAUGAUCAAGACUUGUUAGGCUCUCUUCCACUUGAAGUUUUAUUUCAAAUAUUUCAAUACAUGACUCCGAUGGAUUUUGUAAAGCUUGGAAUGCUCAAUUCCUAUUAUUAUGCUUUAGGAAAUAGUGGAGGAAUGGCCGAUAAGAUCUGGAAAGAGUAUUAUGAAAAGUUUUGUUAUAUUAAUUUAUUUGAGUAUAAACGAUGCGUGGUGGUUUCAAAUGUCAAUCAUCCUCCAAUUGAUAGCGAUGUGUAUGCAACAGAGUCUGUUGCUCGUUCGAAUGAUAGCAAUGAUCAAAAGAAGCAUCAUCACUCCAAUGACAUAUCAUGGGAAGAAUACAAGAUGAAAUUCACAGAAGAUUAUAAAAGAUGGCAUUUGAAAAAUUCAUUUGGUCCUUCCAAGAUGAUACAAUUGACCAUGCCCACUUUUCAAACCUUGUGUUUGAAAAAUUCAUCAGAAAAAGACUGUCAACUCGUCAGUAACUUCUGCAUGGUGAAAGGCAAGUUCUAUUUCAGAGUUGUAUUCAACACGACUCUUUAUGGAUGCGGGGCAGGGUUCAUUAAAGAAAGUGAGGUGAAAAAAAUCAAGACCAAUCAAUACGACUGUAGCAUUUACAUGAAAGAUGGCUCAUGCAUGUUACAUCCAGGUGAGAAAAUUAUUGAUAGAAUCAAAGAAGUCGAUGGAAAGUUGCUUCGAGUUUAUUCUGUUUUAGAGACAGAUGAUAUUCUUGGUAUGAUACUUGAUCUUGAUAAUGGUGAAAUUAUUUAUCUCAUUAAUGGCAAGGAGGUUCUUCAUGUCAUCAAUGUGACACAAACAUAUCCAGAUGAACCUUUCUAUUUGUAUUUUUAUUUUCCUCCGGGCCAACAAUUCACAUUAUUGCCAUGCAUGAAGAGCCUCAAUGAAAUUGGAGAGAAGAAUCAAAUGAAUAUUAUGGAAAAUGUCAAAUUUUCAUCCAAGAAGAAGCAACGUACGACCAUGGGAAUAUAG